AUGAGUAAUUUUAGAUUACCAAAGACAGAUAUCCAAUGUGAUGUACAAUUCAUAUUCGAACAAAGGGAAGAUGUAUUGAGAGUUUAUAUAUUCCAACAAGUUAGAUCAAUACAUAUCGAUUUUUUAAGAGAAAGGAGUUUGAAAUGGAAUGAAGUUGAAUGUAAACCAUAUCUAUUGGCUGGUUACAACUAUUUCCAAUUGUUAAAAGAAUAUUAUAAACGAACAAAAGAGAAUAAUAAAAAGUGGUAUCAUAAAUUGAUUGCUUACCCUUUGGAAUCAGAUAGAACAAUCUAUCAUACAUUGAAAACAGCAGUUCGAUAUGAUAGAUUAGAGAUAAUAAAGUAUUUCAUGGAUCAAUACAAAUUGUAUGAUUUCAUAGAGAAAUUGAUGAACGAAUCUGUUAUCAAUGGAAAAUCAAAGAUAUUUCAUUAUUUAGAUCAACUUUUAAUAUCGAUUGGCAGGAUUCAUUCGUACGUGUCGAACAUGGUUAGUGCACCUCUAGGUAAAAACAUAGAAUUGUUACAAUGGUUGACUGAAAAGAUAUCGAAACACAAUAUUGAAGAUAAUACAACUAUAUAUCCUAAAACGAUGAUAUUGGAUGCAAUAGCAAAUGCAGUUAUCGUUGGUCGUAUCGACAUGAUAGAAUAUCUCAUGGCUAAAUGUAACUUCACCACUAUACCAGAUAAGAUUCGACCUUUUAUUCUAGAAAAUGGUAUAAUGAGUGGUAGCAUUGAAAUGGUUGAAUGGAUUUUAGCACAUGGUGUCUGUUAUAGACCGUUGGUCUUCAUAAACUAUAUAGAGUUUUCAGCUAAAUAUGGACAUCUUAACUUGGUUCAGUAUUUCGAGAGUAACAAUAUCAGUCACUUUACAAGUAAAACGAUUGAAAAUGCAGUGAGAUCAAAUAAUUUGCAACUGGUUGAGUGGUUACAUCGCAAUCAUGGUGAAUUAUUUACAACUUUGGCAAUGGAUCUAUCGGCAAAGAUGGGUAUCUCAUUUGUGAAAUGGUUUCACUCGAAUCGAACUGAAGGAUGUACUAUUCAAUCGAUGAUAAAUGCCUCAUUCAACCAUGAUUUAGAAACAGUUAAAUGGUUACGUGAGAACAGGUCAGAUUCCUAUAACUGCAGAAUACUCAACCAAAUUAUCGUCAAUUCAAAUCGAUCAUCCUAUGAGAUCUUACAAUAUCUUUACGAUCAAAAUCUAUACGUAAAAUUUGAUAUUAAUCAACAAAAGUUAGAAGACAUCUGUUACAAGUGCGCGAGUAAAGAUCGUUGCGAAGAUAUUCUUAAUUUUAUGAUAGAUCAUCAAAAUCAAUUAUUCUCUGCAUUAGAUUUGAAAAAAGCAUUUAGAAAAGUAGACAAAAGAUUGGGAUUAUAUUAA